AUGACUCGACUCACCUGGCUGGCACCGCUCCUUGCGGCGGGCGUACAUGCUCAAGCAACGCUCUCCCAAGCCACGGUCUCCGUCUGUCUGAGCUAUAAUGUUACCAGUGUUGUUACUGUAACUAGCUACGAGACAGUCGUGGAAACUGCUUACCCUGGUACAUCUUCUAUUGGCCAGGACACGAACACAGACAAUCCUAUUUUGCAGUCAACCACUACGACAUCUUCCGGUACCGGCAGCCAAACCGGAUCAUUGAGCGAUACCUUCACGUCUAGCGGGACUCUGAGCCCGAGCUUCACUUUCAGCACAUUAUCAAGCGUAUCGUCUUUUGCGUCAUCCAGUUCGGAUGAUCAGUCGACUGGGUCUUCUAUAUCGACAAGCUCCAAUGGAUCGUCCGAUACUCAGUCUGCUGCGUCAACAAGCUCAAGUACGCCCAGCAGUGGCGCAUCAACCGGGUCGACCAGUGGCACGGUCUCAACCGGUUUCACAAGCAGUGCAGUAUCGACCGGCACUACAACGUCUGCGACCGGUCCAGUGGCAUCGACCGAUCCCGGCGUUUUAGACGACACCUUCAACAUCGCUUUCCAAAAUCCAAAUGCUGGUGGCCUCAGAAGGCGGCAGGAAACAUGCGCCGUUCUCUAUCUCAGUUUCACUGACAACCUGAGCGUCCUAAUUUGCGACGUGGAACUUGCAGCCGUCUUCUAUCUUGAUGGUGAUGUUCUUCGAAGCGGCAAUCUAUUCGUUGCUUUCGAUACUUCAAGUGGAGUCCUUCGCUUCAGACUGCAAACUACAGCGCCCUUACCACCCGUCAGAUUGGUGUAUAACAGUGAUGGCAGCAUUGAUAUUCAAGGAGCUGAUGGAUUCUGUUUGCUGGGCAGCGCUCUCGUCGUUGUUCCUGACAACGGCGACGCGCCUACCGGUUGUCUGGCAGUUGAAGCUAUCCUCAUUGCCGCAGAGGAGCCCCAAAGCACUUCUACAUCAAGCACAACCUCUGUCACAACCUUUUUGACGCAGACGGCAUCAUCUGACACGGUUACCCCUGACACCGAAACAUCUUCUUCAUCUAACUCACUUGGACCAAGAGAUGAAUCAUCGUCCACAACCUCCACUACAUCGGAUGAUUCUGGAGCUACUAUCGACCCCGACGUUACGACGUCUUCUGAAGAGACAACGACCGGUGAGCCAACACCUGAACCUACAACUUCAGAAUCAACGUCUUCUGAGGAGCCCCCUGCAACUGACGCAACCACCUCUGAGUCAACCGCUGAGCCAACCUCUGAGCCAACCCCUGAGCCAACCUCCGAGCCAACCCCUGAGCCCACCCCCGAGUCAAGCUCGUCUGAAGAUACAGAUCCUGGGGUGACCACUUCUGAGCCCACUUCCGAGCCAACCCCUGAGCCCACCCCCGAGUCAAGCUCGUCUGAAGAUACAGAUCCUGGGGUGACCACUUCUGAGCCCACAUCAGAGCCCACUUCUGAGCCCACCGCCGAGCCAACCUCAGAACCCUGGGACGGUCUCUACUGCGCCAACCUCUUCUGA